UCGAGAAUGUGAGUUAGUAACCAGCAGCCGUAACUCGAGUACGGUGCACUCCGUAACCAAGAGCUAAACCGCAGUUGUCCGUAGUCCGGAACAAUGUCGAAGAAGUACACGAAUCCGGUGUCCAAGCACUUCGUCUACAGCGAGCGGACGCGGAAAAGCACCUGCAAGAGGUGCCACUUCGACAUGGCAGGUCGCCACUCCGAGAAUCUGAUGCGGCACCUGAAACGCAAGCAUGAGGAUGCCUACGACAGUGUGCUCGACGAGAAACGAGCAAUCCGUGCAGCACUCGCCCAGCAGCAAGCCAACAAAGAUGCAUCCAUUCCCGCAAAGAAGGUACAGGCCUCUAAGUGUCCAUAUCCAGCGACACGAAAGAAGACUUACAUUUCCAAGGAUGAUGGAGCCCAGCACAAUGCCAUGAAAACCAAGGCGAUGGUGGACGAUGAAGAGACUGGGAAUGGGAGCGGAAACGGAAACGGAAACAACAAGAGCAACGCCACAGACAGUCAGUUUGAGAACGUUUUCAUUGGCAAAUCGGAGAUACCCGAUGAGGAGUAUCAGUGGACAAACUCCGCGGAUCUGGAGGCACUGGAGGCAGUCAACGUAACUGUGGCCACGAAGACCACUAAUACUACUACUACCACAGAAUCCAAUGCCAAGUCUACAGCUCGAGCGCUAUCUGCUGCUGCUCCGAAUUCUGGCGGGGACGAGGACUACUUCCUCCGCUAUCUCGGCAAUAAAUUGAGCAAAUACUCCACCCGCACGAGGAACACAGUCCAGUUUCACAUUAAUCGCAUCCUGUUCAAGGCGGACAUGGGUCGCUUUGAGGACACGGAUUCCCGGACUGGCGAGGUCGACUACGACUCCCCGUAGUCCGUAGUCCAUGAGCUGUACAUAUGUUAUUUAACGCUUAGGUGUAAAUAAAUUAUUUCACGAGUUGUCACACAAACACACCUCA